UACAACUCCCGGCAUGCCCCGCGCCGCAGUGCCAGCUGGCCGGAAGUGUGAGUGUCCCGGUGUCGUUCCUCGUGUUCCCGGUGCCGGUGUGCGGUCAUGGAGAGCCCCGAGGUUACCUUCACUCUGGCCUACCUGGUGUUCGCCGUGUGCUUUGUGUUCACCCCCAAUGAGUUCCAGUCUAUGGGACUGACCGUGCAGAACCUGCUGUCCGGCUGGCUGGGCAGUGAGGACAUGUUCUUCAUCCACUACCAUAUCAGGAGGAGCACUGCCACCAUGCUGGCACACUGCUUCAUCCCACUGGGGUACUACAUAGGGAUGUGUAAAGCUGCUCCCGAACGAGAACUGUACAAUUUGUACACAGCCAGUGCCUCUGUGAAGGUGUUGGCUUUUUUUGCCAUCAUUGUACCCACCAUUGCUAGCAUCCUUGCUUUCUACUGGUCACGGAAGCUGUGGAGCCACCACCCAAUUGCCAAGACUCUUGCCCACUAUUCACUUCCUCAGAGCAGCUGGAGAGCCGUGGCGUCUUCAAUCAAUACAGAGUUCAGAAGAAUUGACAAGUUUGCAACAGGGGCUCCUGGAGCCAGAGUGAUUGUUACAGACACAUGGGUAAUGAAAGUGACCACUUAUACAGUGCACGUGGCCCAGCAACAAGAUAUACAUUUGACAGUGAUUGACACAAGGCUACAGGAACUCCCUUUGGAGUACAGCACCCCAACACAGUUUAUCACAAUUACAGUAGCCAGUGUUAAUCCAAACAUUUCAGCUUUUAAUAUCAGGUUGAAUUCUUCAGAAUAUGGGGAAUUGAAGGAGAAGGUUCGUGCCCCAAUCCGGAACGCAGCAAAUGUAGUCAUCCAUCAGACCCUCAGUGAUCUCUUUCUGGAAACAUUUAGAUCUGAGAUUGAAAAAAAUGGAUUUUACCAUCUUCCCAGUGAGCAGGAGCUGGAACCCUGCAUAGGCUGCAUGCAGACAAAUGCCAACAUUAAGCUUAUGAAGCGCUGUAACGCAUUUAAUGAAGGCGAGUGCCAACAGUGUUAUUGUCGGCCUAUGUGGUGCCUGACCUGUAUGGGGAAGUGGUUUGCAAGCCGCCAGGAUCAGAUUCAUCCAGAGACUUGGCUCUCCAGCUGUGCGCCAUGUCCAACUUGCCGGGCAAAGUUUUGCAUCGUAGAUGUGUGCAGAACACAGUGAUUAAAGGUCUCAGCCCUCCAUAUCUCAAUAUUUUAAAAUGGUUUGUAGUAUAACCAAAAAAGUUUUCUUGUUUUGUUUAAUUUUUUUUUUUUUUUUUUUUGCAAAACCUCCAAGUGAAUACACGGGCUUAACUUGAACAUUUAUUUUCCUUAAAGGAAAUCUUUAAGUAAAAGCUGAUUUUCUACGAGUUUUGUAACAUUUUAUCCUGAGAGAUUUGAGACAUACAUACGUGUUACUUUUCAAGUUGAACAGGAGGAUUAAUUUUCCGAUUCACUUUUAACUCCUUGUUCUGAUAUAUUUUAAAAGUUCAAAUACCAUGUGAGAGAAGAAGUGUAAUGGAAAAAUUGCUUUCCUCUACCUUAGAUUUAUGAAACUGUAUGAUGACUUCUAUAUUCUAAAUUAUUUAAAAAUAUGGAAGAUUAUGUGCUAAUGGGUGGGUUUGUUUGUAUACGUGUAUAAUUAUGUGUGUUGUGUGUUUUUGUAUAGGAGAAACUGGUGUUUAAGAGAGUUCCAUUUUACAAUAUGUAGAAACCUUUGGCUGUAGCAAAUAUAUAAUUAAUUGAAUUACCCACAAGAUAAGACCCAACACUUUAAAGAAAUGUGAUGGUUCGUGUAAACAUGGUGUUUUAAUGUUAAUUCCAAAAUAGAGGAGUUGGAAUUGAUCUCUAACUCUAAAGAGUUUGGCUUUUUACCACCUUGGCCAUUUUUCUUUAAUUAACCAGGUGACUUUACAUCAAUUUAACAUGUAAACACAUAAUGUUAAGGGUACUCACCAUUCCUGUAACAACUUAUUCUCUUUAAGAUGAGCAUCAAAUUCUAUCUUUAAAUUGUGCUAUCAGAUUUGCUAGUAACUGUAUAGAUUGGGAGAAACCCCUGUUUAAAAUUAGGCCUUCCUCCCACCUG